CCUAAUUAAAAAAUUUUCUCCCCAAAUUUGCUUCAUCUUCCUUCUUCUCGCUAUCGAAUUUCCUUCAAAAUUCCUCGAAUUUCCUCUUCCUCAUCCGCUCUCAAAAAAUGGGCAAAAACCAAACCUACAAAGCUAUGCAGAGAACGAGGCUUGGUUCCACCUCUGCAGGCCGGAAGCGAUGGAUGACGGCAUGACAAGAAAGAGAAAGAUUCAAAGAAGCACAGUGGCAGAAAGAGAAAUCAUUCAAGACGGAGGUCUUCAGACUCUAGCUCUUGUAGUUCAUCCUCAGAAUUUUCAGGUUCUGAUGGUGAAGAGAGAGAGUCCAAAAGAUCGGAGUCCAGGUUAAAGAGAGAUAAGAAAAGGAACCACAUAUCGAGAAAUAAGAACUUGAGUAGUGAUAAUGAAGAUGGUGGUCCGGUGCCGCUUUCAAGGUUUUUUUAGAGCGUGAAGAGUUGAUGCCUUGACAAAGAUAAUAUCAGUUGUAUUUUUUUUGUGCACUUGGAACAGUUUAUGUGUAGAUGAUUAACCAUCUUGAGAGCUUGUUUACUUCAAUUAUCUUCCAUUUUGAGCGGAAUACUCAUUCACUUUGAUGAAUUAUAUGACAAUAGUUUCAUUUGUACAAAUUGCACUCUCUUCAAUAUAAGAAUAAAACAACAUAUUUAUG